ACCCAUGAUUGCCUCGCAUAUGCCUGUCGCUAUGCUCUGCGCCGCUACUGAGAUUGGACGCAAUUGCCUUGACGGCAGACCAAAUCCGGUGAGUCUGGCUGCAUGUCAUGUCUCAUUGCGGUACACCAACAGUUUUUGCUCCGAUACUUCACUUCUUUCCUGUCUCUAGCUGCCUCGGUGCAGUAUUUUAUUCUCAAAACAUUUUUCCAUGCUAAAUAAGCCAUCGCCGCUCUUCAAACUCCGUUACACAUUGGUACUGGUAUGUUGGGCUCGAAGGCUAUAGUCACAGGUGAUCCGUAUGUGACGCAUUGCAGAAGAUAUCUCGCCGAGGCUCAACGUGAUCCCUUGUUCAGUGCACCCCAUCUGAAAGACUUCUUGGAAUACUUGUCAGAACCGUCGUCGCAAUGGCCGGUUGACGAUAAGCCCUUCACCUGGCCAUACCCACGACCGAUGAUUAAUGAUCUUCGGCGCUCUUCAGACACCAGGUCAAAUAGCUUCGAUAUACCUGAAAAAGUUACAAGAGAUCAUGAGAGCCUGGGGUUGCUUUUCCUCAGUGGUUAUCCUUCCUCGCGUUGGCUCAAAGAUGUUGGAGAGAAGUACAAAGUUGAUAUGCACUUUUUCCAACAACACUUGGGCUCUAUCAGGCCGUCGGUACAUGUUGAUGUAUUCGCUGAGCCAUCUUUACCCUCUAGUUCUGGCCACACCCUCAAGCUCAAGAUACCGACUAUUGGUUAUCUCGGAGAUACAGGGGAUUCGUUCAGAGAUAUGUCUAGGACCAGAGCGCUGCUCGUAGAGGAUCUCAGAAAGCAAAUCUUAGACAACGCCCAACGUCACCCUGUUGGACAGCCUAUCGUUAGAGAUGUGUAUCUGCACAAUCAGGAGCAUUUCACUUUGUUACAAGAGGUGUCUAUGUGCUUACUGCGAGAUAACAAUAUGUGGACAGUACUUAUAUGGACUGACGCUGGCUACGAGGACAAAGAUCCCGAUCUUUCCUUCCUAUUCAAGAGAGCGCCCAAUAUGCUCCACAUCGCUCCUAAGCUUUGUCCGACUGUUUUCAAUCGACCCAUAAGAUUCGGCGAAUCAGUAUACUCUUCCGUUGCCUCAUCUGACGUGCGAUUCAACGCAACUCAGGUUUUCAAUAGUCUUCACAAAGCGUACGGCAAGACUCUAGACCCUCACCUGACGAGCCAAGAUCCUUUCUAUGCUGUCAGCGAGGUGUACUCGUUUGCUGCUGCGGCCGAGAACCAGUUUUUGAAUAUGAUGAGAGACAUUCUCGACAACCGAAUCGAGAGCAUCGUGAGAGAGAGCCUUCAGAGUAAGAACUCGACACACGAUGCUCUUCCCGAACGUGCCAAUAUACAGUAUGAUCGUACUAUUCUUGACGCCCAUUCCGAUCGCAUUAGCAAUGUCGUUGCGUUCCUCAAAGCAGCCGACGACCCGGUGUGGUUUCCAAACGUCGAUCACCAUGAUCGACGCGAAGCCUCUAGAGCACGGACGAGCCUCGUGCACGAUUUUCAGCAUCUUCAUGCUCAAAUCAUACAGUUGAUCCAGCGUUGUGAGAGGGCUAUGGAGAUGGUUGCACACAAUGCCUCUCUAUUGGAAGCCAAAAGAUCAAAUCUACAAUCUGAGGGACUGGAGAAGUUGACACGCCUGACGACAAUUGUAACCCUGCUCUACGUACCGCUUUCGUUCGUAUGCACUUUCUUUGGUAUGAACUUCUCAACCUUUGGACAGGGCAAGUUGAGCCUUUGGAUCUGGGCUGCGGUCAGUGCUCCGGUGAUGUUAAUUUCGCUAGUCUUUCUCAGGCGGAUGUUGAAAAAUGAUUCCAAGAAGACGCGGCCUUGAAAGCAACGAUACGAAUGAAUUACAGUAUGAGGAACACAUUGCGCCCUGGUACUUGUGUCAUUUAGCGGGACCAGAACGCCACACUACUAUCGAAGUCUGCUUCUUUUGGA